CUCCCGCCGGAAGGGGCCGGCGGGCGCUUCCGCCGCAACCGCCGGGGCAGGGGAAGGAGCGGGGCGGGAUGUCGGCGGUCCUGGGUCCGGAGCGGCCGCAGGUGGUGUCGCAUGUCCAGCAGGCGCUGAGCUACACCGUGUUCGAUUGCAAGUGGGUGCCCCGCAGCGCCCGCCUGAUGUGCCUGGGCAGCGCCGCCCGCGGCACCGGCGUCAUCCAGCUGUACGAGCUGCACGGAGCCCGUCUGGAGGUGCUGCGGGAGAUUGAAAAGCCCAAACCUAUAAAAUGUGGAACUUUUGGUGCUACAUCUUUGCAGCAAAGAUACUUAGCUACAGGAGAUUUCGAUGGAAACCUUAACAUAUGGAAUUUAGAAGCUCCUGAAAUACCAGUGUAUUCUGUGAAAGGUCAUAAGGAAAUCAUAAACAGUAUAGAUGGUGUAGGUGGCUUAGGAAUUGGGGAAGGUGCACCAGAAAUUGUGACUGGCAGUCGAGAUGGAACUGUGAAGGUGUGGGACCCAAGGCAGAAUGACACUCCUGUGGCUAAUAUGGAACCUGUACAGGGGGAGAGCAAAAGAGACUGCUGGACUGUGGCAUUUGGCAAUGCUUACAAUCAAGAGGAACGUGUUGUAUGUGCCGGAUAUGACAAUGGGGACAUUAAAUUGUUUGACUUAAAAACCAUGUCACUGCGAUGGGAGACCAACAUUAAGAAUGGGGUUUGCAGUGUGGAGUUUGACAGAAAAGAUAUAAAUAUGAAUAAGCUAGUGGCCACAUCACUUGAGGGAAAAUUCCAUGUUUUUGAUAUGAGAACUCAGCAUCCAACCAAAGGUUUUGCUUCUGUUUCUGAGAAGGCACAAAAAUCUACCAUUUGGCAGGUACGGCACCUGCCACAGAACAGAGAUAUAUUUAUGACAAGUGGAGGAUCUGGGAGCCUUCAUCUUUGGAAAUAUGAGUACCCAGCCCAGCGCUUGAAGAAAGAUUCGGAAGGAUCUGAGAUGGGGGUGGCAGGGUCUCUUAGUCUCUUGCAGAAUGUGACUCUGUCAACACAGCCCAUCUCUAGCCUGGACUGGAGCCCUGACAAAAAGGGACUUUGUGUCUGUGGGGCUUUUGACCAAACUGUGAGGGUGCUGAUAGUUACAAAACUUAACAAAAUUUGACAAGAAAACUAGAAUUUCUGAUGAGAAAACAAUAUAGUUCACGGUCUGUAAAUAUGGGAGGGGUGGCCUUCUAUUUCUAGUUUAAUUUCUUCUUUAAUAAAACUGGAUUAAAGAAAUAGAAGCCAGAUUUUUCUAUUGAAAGUUCAGAUACAUGCAAUCAGAGUUGUUUGGCUGAUUGUGCUGUCAUGACUUGAAGUUGCCUGAGCACAAUAUUUAACCUAGAAAUGUGAAUUUACAAUGAAAAUAAAAUGUGCCUUUGUGUUAACACA